AUGCUGGCUGAAGCUCAGGAGGAGCUCCCAACAGAACCUCUUACAUCCACCGGGCUCAGGCAUCACACCACACCACUCGACCAGAAGGAGGCCCUGCUGGACGGCAAGGCCGCCCUGCAGAUCACUGCCAGCGCAGACUCGCGCACGCAGCAGGAGUUUGGGACCUUGCCACGCGCUCCUGAACACAAGGAGCACGCGGCAGGCUCCCAGGCCCCUGCUCCCAGCACAUGCAGCCCACCCCCUGACAUGCACCAGGCUUUAAGGGCAGAGGGCAGCGCAGCGGUGGAGGGAGCGCCACAGCGCGCCAGCACAGCUGCAGAGGGGGAGGUGCGGCAACAGGGAAGCGACACGACAGGGGUAGUCACAAGGGUGUGGAGGCGAGGGUCUCAGGACAGCGAGGAGGGGGGGUACUCCAGCAGCCCCAGCAGCACAGCCAGCACGCUCAUGCUCAAGCCGCUGACGCCAGCGCAGUCCGGGGAGCACCGGCUGCACGGCAUCAAAGAUGCUUCCGACGCUGACGCCGCUGCUGCAAAGGCGGCUGCCGCCCAGCCGUACACGGCAGCUGUGGGAGCCUUGGAUGCUGACGGCGAAUCCAGCGAUGGCGCGACUGUCUUGCGGUGCCGGGUGUGCCAGACGUCGGCGGAGAGCGAGGAGGAGUGGAGGGAGCACUGUGAUGGCGCCAUGCACCGCGCGCGCAGCCAGGGCAGCUGCGAGGUGUGCGACAUCUCUGCCACUUCGCCCGACCUCCUGGUUCAGCACCUGCAGGGGCGCAAGCACCUCCGCCGCCUUGCCGAGGAGGCCGACGCCGCCGGCGCCAGGCAAGCUGCAGAGUACCCAUGCGAUGUGUGCAAGGUGGUGACCUCCUCCGAGGAGCAGCUGGCAGUGCAUAUGGACGGCAAGAGGCACAGGAAGCACAUUGCAAUGGCCGAAGUCACCAGCUCACUCACUGAAGACACCGGCGCUGACGGUGAAGAGCUGCACUGCGAGCUGUGCGAUGUCACAGCCCCCAGCUCCACCCACAAACAGAUCCACCUCAGGGGCCAGAAGCACCAGAGGCGGGAGAAGCAGGAGCAGCACCUGACGGAAGCUGAGCAGCUGUGCAACAGCACGCUGGACUCUGUGCUCGACGAGCCGGGCCCAGACACCUGCGCAGGCCAUGCGCUUCAACCGGCACAGACCCAGUCACCUUCCAUGUACUCGACGGAGCCGCAGUGCGAGCAACCUGCGGCCGAGGCAGAUCCAUCGGCCGGCGCAGAGGCGGCGGCUUCCGGCGGGGCGGAAGCUGAGGCCGAGGGGGAUUGCGGGAUCUUGGUCUCCCGCGGCCGUGCGGCCGGAGCGAGCGGUGACGAGGAGGUGGAGUUCCAGGGCUGCGGCGUGCCGAGCGCGUUCGCCGACACGGCCGGCUUUGGAGGGAACGCCGCAGGCGACGAGGAUGAUGACGGCUCCGGCGGCGACGGGCCCGGCGACCGCCUCGGGGCCCUGCCCCGGCGCACGCUCACCCUCCGCCCCUCCGGUAUGCGGGUGCGUUUCAGCCAGAGCUUUGACGACGACGCGCUGGGGAGCGACGGCGAGGAUAGCAUGCGCCGGCUGAGUAGCAAGCCGCCGCUGGCGCCGAGCGGGGGCAGCGUGAGCCUCGCCGCGCAGCACUUCUGCCCCGUCUGCGGCAUCAUCGCCACCAGCCAGGCCAACCUGGAGGAUCAUGUGCGCGGGAGGAGGCACGCGCGCAGGCUGCAGUACAUUGGGAACAUGCCGGAGAGUGAGAGGACGCCCUUCAUGCAGCGCGUCGCCUCAGGCACGCCCCUGCUCCUAAUUCGAGCAAUGCUAUGCGACUGGCACCUGCUGCGGCGCAAGGACAGCACCAGCAGCACGGGCAGCAACGGCGACGCCAUGACGCUGCUGCGCAUCGGCUCCAUCACGCUGCCCUCCUCCAUGGACCUGCGCCAGUACCUGGAGCAGAUGCAGGAGGUGGGUGACGGGGACGACGAUGCCGGCCCAGCCGCCACCGCGGCGGCGGCCGCGCCGCCCGGGACUGCCUCGGCGCCGACAGCCGCGGCCGCGCACGGCGAUGCCGGUGCCAUACUCCAGGCCCCAGGCGCGAUGACGGAUGGGGCUGUGGACGCCCGCACUGAAGCGCUGCGCCCCGAGUGCUCAGACACUAGCGACAGCGAAGACUUUGCAGCUGCUGAAGCCGCCCAUGGCGAUGGCAGCGGCGAUAUUUCGAAUGGUCCAAAGGAGCGGCACGAGUGUGUUGUCUGCGGCAUCACCACCACGAGUGCCGCACAUCUGGAGGCGCACAUGCGCGGACGCAAGCACAAGCGGCGGGUGGAGGUGUCGGGCGCGCGCGUGCAGCGGCCAUCGUCGCACUACUGCAAGAUCUGCGACAUCACCACCACCUCAGCGCAGCACAUGGCCAUGCACGUCGCCGGCAAGGCGCACUUGCGGCGGCUGACCACGGGGCACCUGCCAGCAGCAGCGGCGCAGGCCGUGGCAGCUUCCGCAGCAGCGGAAGCUGCCGUGCUGGGUGACUCAGCGGCAGGCUCGCUGCAGGUCAGGGCCGCCUCCUCCACGUCAUCCCGCCAGCCGUCCCCGGCGCCGCGCAGCGCCGCCGAAGCUGCGGCCGCGGCGGCUGCGGCGGCAGCCGCCUCAACAGUGGCGCAUAACAGCGAAUUGAUGACCAGGCUCGACCGUGGAUCUUCCUUGAGGAGUGCGGAUGGCGGCCAAGCUGCAAAGCACAGACAGCUGCCGCAGUUGCACAUGCAGCAGCAGCAACAGCAGCAGUGGGCGUUGCACCAGCAGCACAUGCCGGCCAUGCAGGCGGGCGCUGUGCUGCACCCGUCCUCGCCCUAUGGAGUCCAGUACGUGGGCUACUACCCCCAGCAGCAGGCCUUCUACCAGGCCCACGUCCCUGGCCAUCAGCGCACAAUGCAGGGCUACAUGCCGCCGGCCGGCUGGGCGCAGUGGGGUCCCCAUUCCGGGGGGUUCCCUGGCCGUGAAGCGGCGUUCUCUGCCGCAGCCGCCGCCCCCGGGGCGGCCUUUGCGCAGCACCCCGUCAUGUACGCGGCUGCGCAGCUCAGCCCCCGCUACGCGUACGCGGCGAUGCCUCCCCAGCCGCAGGCGGGCGGGUAUGUCGCCGCGCAGCAGCAGCCGGGGCACUAUGUGAAUGGCGGGGGCGUCGGCUACAUGGGUGCUGCCGGCGCGGCGCCGUUCGCGCAGCCGGGGCUCCAGCAGGGCGCAGACUACAACUGCGAGGUGUGCGGCACAACUGCAACAGACCUGGAGACCUACAAGCAGCACAUUCGCACCAAGCCGCACUUGCGCCGUGUCAACAACAAUCACCGCCAGUAA